AUGUACUCAAACGGAGCAUGGCUGCAAGAGGCAUUCUCCGACGAAGAGGCAUUCUCCAACCGCACGAUCGACCCUGCUUUGCUUGUUUUACAUCCUCGAGAAGAAUAUCCGCCAGAAGAAGAGGCAGUUCCCGAUACCAACCCCCUCGGACUUUACUAUCCCCAGUUCCCUACACAUAUCUCUGAGACUGCGUUCCGACAGGCCCCCGUGGCUCCUUUUGUGAUUAGCCAGAUGCAGGAGUCUGCAGGUGGCGUGAACAGAUCUCCAUGUGCCACGGAAUCUUCCAUGACCUUCUGCGUCCCCGCCCACCAAGAUGUCCAGCCUGUCCACCCAUCUGCAGCGGACACUGAUACUCCAAUGACCGUGGAGGCUACUCAGGAAGUAACGCGGAGCCCACUGCAGUCAGCGUAUGUAUGCGACUUAUAUGACUGUGGUCUGAGCUUCGAAUGGUCAUGGCGACUGGCGGACCAUAAGAAUACACCACAUGCACAAGGCCAUUCCGAAGUCGUCCAUGUCUCGGGCCUUCCGUUCGAGUGUAAAUGUGGAGACUCAUUCACAAAACGCACCAGCCUCCACCGCCAUAUCCUCAGCCUUCGCGAAUCUGACACUACUUUCGAGUGCACAGAGGCAGGGUGCACCAGGUAUCGCAAGGAGAAGGCCUUUCAGAGGAAGGAUCAUCUUGUGCAACACCUUCGGACUUAUCACAAAUGGACGCCCGACCAGCUUGCGGCACGCUUCCCCUCCCGACCUAUUCGCCCUUCCAUGCUGAAAGUGUGCCACUUCUCGAAUUGCCCUUGCUACCGAGAUGAUAGCUUCACGGACCUCCCGAUAGAGACGCGAGUCCUCAAUACCCCCUUCAAGACGCAGUCUGAGUACAGCAAGCACAUGAAAGACGCCCACGAAUGGACCCCGUUCUCCUGCGACGUCCCAGGCUGUGACAAGUCUGGGAAGAAAGGAUAUUUCAGCGAGACUGCUCUGGUGCCAGGCCCGGAAAACAAUGGCGCCGGCCAUAGCAGAAAGCUGUGGAAGAGCAUGUAUUUCAAGCCCCCUCUCAAGGCCCUCACAGACUCACAGCUCGAGAGCAAGAUAAGCGCCACAGUCGUCCGGCCGGCCAGCGUCAAGGCCGGCAUGACGCAAAACACGGUGGGUAUCAGCAUCGACACGCAUCCCGAGUUCUCCAUCGAGCCCUGGGGCCACUCGGCCAACCCUCCCAGAGACGACGGCCACUGGGACAAUCCCUGCUGGCCGAAAGCCAUCACUCAAGGACCCCGGCUUCUGCCUGCUCGAAUUUGA